GAAACGUCUUCGAUGUGAAAAUGGGUAUAAAUGGUGAGGAAGUAAAAGCUAGCAGGUUUCCUGGAUACCAGUCAUAUGCAGAUCCCGCUAAUUUUAAGGAUGAUAACAGUAGCGACUCAGUCUCUACAGUGGAAACUCCAUCCCAGAGUGCUAACGGGCAUCAACCUUCCCAGAAAAGCUCCCAAUCUUGAACUUCCUUUCAUUCGAUAACAUCCCACUUAAUCAGUAGAAAUCUCUUGGACUUGUGUUAAAAUCUGAAAAUGUUCACAAGUACAACAACUAGCAAUGCCGAGAAACUUGUGUAAUUUAUAGCACUAUCUUUGGGAAAAGGUACUGUACUUGCUUUGGAUUGAGGCAUGGUUGUGUUGUUAUUAUUGUUGUUAUUUGCGAGGUCAAAGAUAGCAUAUGAAGCGCGGGUUGGUUGGUUGUCCCGAACUUAGGGCAUGUUCGAAGAAAAAUGUUUUCUUAGUAAAUUUCUUUUCAAGAAAAUAGGUAGCUCUUCUUGAAAUAUCUCAUGGAAUUAUUUUAUCUGAUGAGUAUUAUUUAGUUUGAGGAUUAAUUUAUUCCA